AGGGAUGGAGAGAAAAAGAGAGCAAAACUCGGGCGCAAAUUGAAAGUUUCACUAAAGAUUCUGUUGUCGUUCAUUGCUCGGCUGCUCUUGCAUACAAUUUUUGUAAAUCCAGGAUGCUGGUCUUCUACUUUUUUUUUCUGGUAAUUUUGUGUUCCAAUGGUUUAACCUUAAACCCCGUAGAAAGGGAUGGAGAUUGGCAUAAGCCAGGAUGUCAUAAAGUUGGACAUACAAGAAAAAUAAGCAUUCGCGACUGCGUCUCAUUCGAUAUAACAACCAACGCAUGUCGGGGUUUUUGUGAGAGUUGGGCCAUACCAUCGGAUCCUCAGAACUCCCAAAUUACUCAGCCAGUAACUUCUAUAGGAGCCUGCUGCAACAUUAUGGAAACUGAACCGAUGGAAGUUCGUGUUCUUUGUAAGGAUGGAAUACGCACAUUUGUGUUUAAAAGCGCCGUCAAUUGCGACUGUUACCACUGUAAAAAAGAUUAAUAUAAGACGUUCUUAAUUAGUGUUCAUGAUGUAAGAGUUUAUUUUGUUGCAUUCCUGUUGUGGUUCUAUUUGUUUCAAAUUAUAAUUCUUUUGGUUUAUAAUCUAAUUUUUGAAUUAUGACUCUGCUUGCUUUAUAAAUAAGAAACAAUUAAAAAUAAAAUCAAACGAGGACAAAACCUUACUAGAAUCAUUGUAUUUUAUUGUGUAAUGUAUUUUAUAUCCCAGUUAUUUGAAUAAAGGCCAAUUUAAAAUUGUUGUAACCAUUUUAGAAUUAUUGUAUCUUUUCGGUCGUUAACAAAUUGUAACCCCAUACAAGAACCCAUGCCGACCAUAGAAGAUUGUACAUAACUCCCCCCAAAAGGCGAUAUUGAAUUUUCAAUAGAUGUUCUUAUAUAGUGUGUGUAUGAAUAUAUUACUAUUUAGUU